GGAGGGCAAGGACGACGGGGUGUGCUGUUAUGUGAGGUGAGGUGGUUUGGGUUGGGUUGGGUUGGGUUGGUUUGGUUUGGUGGGGGGGGGGUUCUUUUGUGUUUUGUGGGUUUGGGGGUUGGUUGGUUGGCAUGAUAUGAUUUACGCAUGGAUAUGGAUAAGAAUGGGGUAAGACGGGGAGGGGAGUUUUGGCGGUGGCUUUCUUGUUUACGUUUACUUAGGGGGUUUUCUCUUUUUUCUUUUUAUGUUUUCUCCCUGUUUUCCCUAGAGGGCGUUGAAUAGGGCAUUCAUUGGACCACGGCCUACGCAACGGAAUUUACAGGGUUUUUUAUCUGGUCUCUUCAUGGUAACCACAGUCAACACGGAAGAUGUGGUUGGCUUCUUGGGUCGGGGUGUUCCUCCCUUCGCUAUCGCGGGCACUUCGGUUAUGGUCCUCUCGGUUCUGGUCUCUCGGGAGCCAUAAGGUCCUGGAGGAUAUGGGGAGUGAAUUUGAUGCGGUAUUGUUGGUUGGGGGCUCGGUAACUCACUGUGACAUACAACUUACAACUUCUGCGUGCCAGCGUAGGAGCCUACAUAUCUAAACACUUGCCCUAGCCGACCUUGACUAAAGUCAGACGGUGGACGUCAUCUCGAGUGUUCUAAUGGGACUAAAGACUAGUUGUGUUGCCUGGUUAC